CCGGCCCCCGGCCUUCACCGCGCAGCCUUUUCCGCCCGCGGCUCUUCGGCCCGGUCGCCCUUCGGUCCCCGGAGCCCUCGGUACCCCGUGCGCGGGUUCGUCCCCAGCCCCGACCGCCAUGCGGCUCCUGCCCCGGGCCCCAGGCGGGCCCCGGUGGGGCAGCGCGGACCACCUGUCCGCCUGCCGCCCUGCCCUGCUGCUGCCCCUGCUGCUGAGCGGCUGCCUGGGGCUCCCGGGGGUGGCGGCGGGCGCUCGGAGGCCCAACGUGGUGCUGCUGCUCACCGACGACCAGGACGAAGUGCUCGGCGGCAUGACACCACUGAAGAAAACCAAGGCCCUCAUUGGAGAGAUGGGGAUGACUUUCUCCAGCGCUUAUGUGCCAAGUGCGCUGUGCUGUCCCAGCAGAGCCAGUAUCCUGACAGGAAAGUAUCCGCACAAUCAUCACGUCGUUAACAACACUUUGGAGGGAAACUGCAGUAGCAGGUCUUGGCAGAAGAUCCAAGAGCCAAACACAUUCCCAGCAAUUCUCAGAUCAAUGUGUGGUUAUCAAACCUUCUUUGCUGGGAAAUAUUUAAAUGAGUAUGGAGCUCCAGAUGCAGGUGGACUAGAACAUGUUCCUCUGGGCUGGAGUUACUGGUAUGCUCUGGAAAAGAACUCUAAAUACUACAACUACACCCUCUCUAUCAAUGGGAAGGCCCGGAAACAUGGUGAAAACUACAGUGUGGACUACCUGACAGAUGUUCUGGCUAAUGUCUCCUUGGAUUUCCUGGACUACAAGUCCAACUCUGAGCCAUUCUUCAUGAUGAUCGCCACUCCAGCACCUCAUUCACCUUGGACAGCUGCACCUCAGUACCAAAAGGCUUUCCAGAAUGUCUUUGCACCAAGAAGCAAGAACUUUAAUGUCCAUGGAACGAACAAGCACUGGUUAAUUAGACAAGCCAAGACUCCAAUGACUAACUCUUCAAUACAGUUUUUAGAUGAUGCAUUUAGAAGAAGGUGGCAAACUCUACUCUCAGUUGAUGACCUUGUGGAGAAACUAGUGAAGAGAUUGAACUUCACUGGAGAGCUGGACAACACAUACAUCUUCUAUACCUCCGACAACGGCUAUCACACAGGACAGUUUUCCUUGCCAAUAGACAAAAGACAGCUGUAUGAGUUUGAUAUCAAGGUUCCACUAUUGGUUCGAGGACCUGGGAUCAAACCAAAUCAAACAAGCAAGAUGCUUGUUGCCAAUAUUGACUUGGGCCCUACUAUCUUGGACAUUGCUGGCUAUAACGUGAAUAAGACACAGAUGGAUGGGAUGUCCCUGUUACCCAUUUUGAAAGGUGCCAGUAAUUUCACCUGGAGAUCGGAUGUUCUGGUGGAAUAUCAAGGAGAAGGCCGUAAUGUCACUGACCCGACCUGUCCUUCCCUGAGUCCUGGAGUGUCUCAAUGUUUCCCAGACUGUGUUUGUGAAGAUGCUUAUAACAAUACCUAUGCUUGUGUGAGGACGAUGUCAGCAUUGUGGAAUUUACAGUACUGCGAGUUCGAUGACCAAGAGGUGUUUGUAGAAGUCUAUAAUCUGACUGCAGACCCAGAGCAGAUCACUAACAUCGCUAAAAGUAUAGACCCAGAGCUGUUAGGAAAGAUGAACUAUCGGCUAAUGAUGCUGCAGUCCUGUUCUGGGCCAACCUGUCGCACCCCAGGGGUUUUUGACCCCGGGUACAGGUUUGACCCACGCCUCAUGUUCAGUAACCAUGGCAUUGUCAGGACGCGAAGGUACUCAAGACAUCCUCUGUAGCGACUGUGUCUGCAGUGGGAUCCUGCACGCCUCUUUCUGAUGAAGUGAUUGUAGUCGGUGUCUAUAGCUCAUCUUUGAGACCACACCUAGAAGAGCUCUGGACUGCCAGUUUAAGUCCUGUUUGAAAGCAACUCAGUCAGCUGACUUCUUGUGCAACAUGUCUAUGGAUCUGACCCUGGUCUCUUCCCUCAGAUGACAAAUGGACACUCCUGAGGUCUUUGUCCUCACCUUUCCCUUCAUCAUUGGGCCACAGUGCGUGAUUAUUCCCCACGUGGUCCAAGUCAGAAUUUGUAAACCCAUUCAGGUAAAUGGCAAUACUUUAGGGCAAAGAAAACCUUUUAGUGUAUAGCAAGGCCCAGAAUCAAAGCCCUGCAUAACAUUUCAGAAAACCCCUCACUAUCAAAAAUACUAACAUCACAUGGCUUGAAGAAUAACCACCAGAGCUGAGUCACCUGACUUAAGAAUCAGUGCCAUUGUUUUAGGUAAGGAACACUGUUCAUAAAAUCACAGUAUGGCAGACACGUCACCCAAGCUCUGUUCAUGUUUGUGGAAUUCUGGACAAGAACAGAAAGCUGUGGUAAAGGCUAAUCCCCAGCAGCUGCUGAAGGGAAUGGCCGUCUGUUUCCCAUUGGCUGUCCACCAUGUAGAAAGCCCGGCAACACCAGCCCCGCUGAGCUGUCCGUUCCUGAGAGACGUCAUAGCGCCGUGAGAAGGAAAGACUGCCGCCAGUGCGAACAGUGCCUCCGAGAGCCUUCGGAGGAGAGCGCUCUUGUGGCUGGUUGAAAGCUGCAUAUAGAGUGAAGUGCCUGUCCUGCAGGAAGCCUGGGUGCAGGUGCCACGAAUGAAGUCAUUGGCUGUCAUUCUCAUUUGUUUUCAGAUUAUCAAUGUCUUAACGGUUGGUGUGAAGUACCAACUACUUUAUUCCACUUUCUUCUCCCCUUUGCAUAGAUUCAUUCUGUGUCUGGAGUCUUGAAUAACUAGGGGUCCAGUCAAUAUUCCCCUGUCAGAACCAGCUCUCUAUUCCUCACUGUUUAGAACUUUUCUACAGUUACAUUCCUUGGCGUGAAGUCCAAGUAACUUUCUAACAUUUUCACAAAAACUCUUAACUGGUCAUGGGGAUGACAGGGGAGAAGGAUGAGCCAUGAUUUUAACCUGUUCAACUCAGGCAGUGAUUUUUAGCUUUACUUAAGGCCUUCUGUCAAGCUUUAAGCACUUGGUAAGACAUGGCCAUAAGUCAGUUUUCUUUCAGAAUUCCUGAGAGCCAUGUUGGGUUACUAGCCACUGGGUUUAUUCCUUUACCUCAUGUGACCCCAGCAACUGGUGAGGUCUAGAGACCAAGAGUCAAUGAAAUGGACACCUCUGCUGUGAAUGAGGAAGCAAUUCCUUCAGAGUUGUUUUUUUUUUUAAGUUCAAGCAAAUUACAAAGUUGAAUAUGGAUACUGGUUUUAUUUUCCAUUUCAAUUAAUAUAAUUAAUUAACUUGAAAUUAGUGAAAGUUGACCAUAGCUAUUCCCAAAUAAAAAGAAACCAACUCUCACCCAGGUCUUGGACUGAGAUGUCAUAUUAUUCAGUUUUACGAUGCUGGUUUCUGGAAGUAGAUGCUGUCAGAAAUGACAGUCAGCUGCCAGCAGUGUCCAUCUUACUGCUAUUACAUUCGGCUGGCAUGGUUGGGUGGUAGAAAAUGGUGAUGUCCUCUCCCUACCGCCUAGUUGUGGCACCUUUCCCAGUUAACAUCUGAGUAGAGACCUCAUUAGCCUAGCAAACAACAGAAUGCGCUGCACUACGAGAAGCUUGCCUUGCUCUUUCUUAAUUGUUCUGACUUAGAGUCUUCUCCCUUUGAAGGAGUUCACAUCAGUGUUUGCUGGUGACCUUCACAAAUAGAGGACCAUAAAACCAUUGGAAUAAAAAAGGUUACACGGUUUCCUAUUUUAAAGUUCUUUCACAUACCAUUUCAAAAGUAGGGAAUGCCUCUUGAGCGUCUUUGGAUUGAACAAAGGGUGCUGCUGUAGACACAUUUUGAGUUGGGAGUACUAGGAGGUUUUGUUCAAACUAGUAAGGAUAGCAAGGAGAAAGUGUGUCUGAGGAUGUGUGCUUUGUUUACUGAAAUGGGGUGGAGAGGUAGGGUUAGAUCUGUGAUCCUUCCAAAAGAGCAGAAGGAAUUUCCCUAACCCACUGAUGGGACUUAGAUAGGUACAUUUUGAGCUCCUUAAUUUCGCUACCACUUCAUUCCCAGUGGAUUUUGUAAAUUCCUUCAUUGUCAUCAGUUGUUCCUCAAAGUUAAUUCUGCCCUGGCUCUAUCUCAGCCAUUCUCUUAGAAGUGCCCUUCACAGGACCCCUGUUCACUGCUGCACUUUUCAAUGAAUUAAAAUUUAUCUCUGUACUAGUA